GGUUCAGAUUUUGCUCCCCUUAUCCGCUGAGAGCUGCGUCAGCUCGUCUGGCGAAAAUGGCAGCAUCGAUCUACUACGCGCCAUGCUCGUCCCUGUUUCUCCGGCCGGCACCUAAGAAACUCGAUAAAGGGAGAACAACAAUUAUGGCGUCUAGAAUGGUUAGGAGUAAAGAUAACGCGGGAGUUGGCGUUGAUGUUGGUGGACGGCUAUAUCUUGGUAUGGAUUUUGGCACGUCUGGGGCUAGGUAUGCUCUUAUUGACCAACAAGGGACAUUACGGGCUGAAGGAAAGAGGGAUUAUCCUUCUUACACGCUCCUUUUUGAUGUCUAGAAAGAGCAAAGAUACAGAGGAUUGGUUGUGCUCGUGGAAAACAACCCUUCACUUGCUUCUUGAAGAUGUUCCCAUUACUCUCCGCCCAUUGGUUGCUUCUAUCUCUAUAGAUGGAACUUCUGCAACAACUAUCAUUGUUGACAGUGAAUCGGGAGAACCAUUAUGUAGGCCUUUCAUGUACAAUGAAAGUUGUACUGAUGCUUUACCAGCAGUUAAGGCCAUUGCCCCAGCAAACCACACAGUCUGCUCUGGUUCCUCUACAUUGUGCAAACUUGUAUCAUGGUGGAACUCUGACAACUCGAAGAAAGAAUCUGCAUUGUUGUUGCAUCAAGCAGAUUGGUUAUUGUGGCUUCUUCAUGGCAAGCUUGGAGUGUCUGAUUAUAAUAAUGCUCUGAAGGUUGGCUACGAUCCUGAACUUGAAUCCUAUCCAAGCUGGCUGCUUGCCCAGCCUUAUUCACGCAUUUUACCUUCAGUCCAGGCUCCUGGAACUUCAAUUGGACCUAUAAAGGAAGACAUCAGAACACAGCUUGGGUUUCCAGAAGACUGUGUUGUCUGUACAGGAACCACUGAUAGUAUAGCUGCCUUUCUUGCUGCACGUGCUAUACAACCUGGGCAAGCUGUAACAUCUCUGGGUUCAACUCUUGCCAUAAAACUACUAAGCACCAAUAGAAUUGAGAAUGCACUGUUCGGGGUUUACAGCCAUCGCCUUGAUGACAAAUGGCUUGUUGGUGGAGCUUCAAAUACGGGCGGAGCUGUUCUUAGACAAAUUUUUACUGAUGAGCAACUGGUGAAACUGAGUGAGCAUAUCAAUCCGGCAGAAGCUUCCCCUCUAGACUACUAUCCUCUUCCAGCAGUUGGUGAGAGAUUUCCCGUGGCAGAUCCUAAAAUGAAGCCCAGAUUGCAUCCCCGUCCAGAAAACGAUGUCGAGUACUUGCAUGGGAUUUUCGAAUCCAUUGCGCGGAUAGAGGCUAAAGCUUAUGGCUUGCUGAAAGAUCUGGGAGCAACCAAGGUUGAAGAAGUGUUCACAGCGGGAGGAGGUGCGAAAAAUGGAAAGUGGACGAAGAUUCGAGAGAGGGUACUGGGCUUGCCUGUGAGCCGGGCUACUCAAACAGAGGCUGCUUAUGGAGCUGCUUUAUUGGCAUUAAAGGGUGCACAAUCAGAUGUACAAUAACAGGAAAUGCAGACAUAUAGCUGAACUAAUGGCAAACUCUUCUUAUUAUGGGUAGAAGGCGAAAGAGAGAAAAGCAUUAGAAAAAUGGCCCCAAAGAAGGCCAUCUUCUACUUGUAGUUUUGUCUAAACAGGUAAGUAAAGUACAUAUAUCUUUCAACUUGUGAUAUGUACUGAAAUUAAAACAAGUUGGAAUUAUAAA